AAAGCACACUCCAAGGCAAGAAUAUGAGUCACUGCUCUCUUUAGAGCACCUGAUGACCCGGGACGCGCGAGGAAGAAUGUGAAUGCGUCCCCUGAGCCCAGCAUGAAGCUCACACUCGCCUUUGCGCUUCGUGCCGUCACCACCUUGCAGGCAGUCUCGGCCGCUCCUGCGAUCGAGAAGCGUACUGGCGAGGUGUACCAAUUCCCUCCGGAAGACUUCGAUAGUAAACGUGAGGGUAGAGAGGUCUAUACGUUCCCUCCCGACCUCGACAACCGCGCUCGAGGGAGGAGAGUUCUAUACUCCCCUCCUGGUGACUAGUGAGCACUUGUCAUAUCGUGGUCUCGAAGCUCUUCCGACAACGACAUCUACCCCCUUGUGCUAUAUUGACACCAGUAACGG